CUGUCAGCUUUUCUCAUUUCUCUUUUGCCUGUGUCACCCCCGCCCUCUUUCUGCUUUCUGUUAGACCGUAUACGCAUCCGUGUCCAGGGGCAAGUGACAGAAGUUGCUUCAACCUAAUUGUCUUUCUCUACUCGUACUGUCCUCAAAUGACUUUCUCUCUGUCUCAACUCUCCCCUCGCUCCCUCCCUCCCUCCCUCCUCUGCUUCUCUCUAGCUCUGCCCAGUCUCUGUCUCCGUCUGUAACUGUAGCCUGUGUUUUUCUCUCCCUCCCACUCCCUGCGACGUAUAGAUACUGCAUUGAUCAGACACACACGCGCAGACACAUGCGCACACACGCACACACUGAGCCUCCCACUCCUUUCAUCAUUGAUUCGCUCUGCUCUGCUCUCUUUUCUCUCUCUCUCUCUCUCUCUCUCUCUCUCUCUCUCUCUCUCCCCAUUAUCUUUCUCCCCCACUCUCUCCCUCUCUCUCUCUCUCUCCUUACAGCGGCACUUGUUGAAUUCAACCCUUGGAGAAUAGAGAGAGGGGGGAGAAACAGAGAGAGAUAAUGACAGAGAGGCUUUGAGGCAGCGCUAGAACAGACAGUGAGCAGAGAGAGAAUGGGGCUUUGGAGGAAAUAGAGAUAGAGAAGAUAGGCAGACAGAGGAAAAAGUCCGUCAGACAGCAGACAGAGAUUCAUCUUUGAGACAGUGGGAAGGACGCUUUAAGUGAAAAAGAGAGUCGGCCAGACGGAGUACAUCAGAGUGCUCUCCUUCCAUCUCUAACUACUCCUCUUCUGUCCUGGUCCGGACUGCUGUUGGGGUGUUAGUGUGUGUCAAGUCUACAUGGUGUGUUUUAACCAGAGGACUGGCUUACACAGGUCAGAAGUGUCUGGGAUAACAGUGGGUGCUUUUUUCUGCAUUUUGCACGUGUGAGCGUCUUUUAGUGAAGGAACGUCGUGUGCUGGUUUCUCCAGAUGCCUCUCUCAGUGGCGGAGUCUGCAGUGAAUAUCUGAAACCCCAACUUCCUCUUCUUCUGCGGCCAACAUGUCCCAGCUGCUCCAUGUGGAGAUCCCGAACUUUGGAGCCACGGUUCUGGGCUCCCUCAACGAGCAGCGCCUGCUGGGACACUACUGCGAUGUGUCCAUCCUGGUCAAAGGUCAGGCUUUCAAAGCCCACCGGGCUGUUUUGGCGGCCAGCAGCCUCUACUUUCGUGACCUCUUCAGCAGCUCAACCAAGAGCCAAUUUGAGUUGCCUUCCUCAGUCACACCUGCUUGCUUUGAGCAGAUCCUCACUUUCUGCUAUACAGGGAAGCUAACAAUGGCUGCUAGUGAACAGCUGGUGGUUAUGUACACAGCUGGCUACCUCCAAAUUCAGCAUAUAGUUGAAAGAGGCAUGGACCUAAUGUUUAAGGCAAACUCACCUCACUGUGACUCACAGACAGCAGGGUCUUUAGAGGAGACAGGAUCCGAGCCGCAGAGUCCUUGUAAUAAUGGAAACGGCUUAGCGGUGGCUGCCCUUUUGGGAACCCCGGGCUGGUCUCCAUCCCUACUCAUGCCCCAGCGUAAGAUUAAACUAGAAGGGGGGGACCCAACGCCCCUGACAAUACCUAUGACGCAAAGCAAGAUCUCCUCUUCGGAGUUGGGGAGUCGGCUGGCGAGGGCCAGUUCCCUGUUCUACACGACGGCUGGUGGGACCGCAAUCCCCGGUAUGCCUUCGUACCAUAUUCAAGGGGCUGGGGCUGGUGGAGGAGGAGUUGAAAGGUCAAGUCCUGGAUCAUCCAGCCUGCCCACCACUGACAGUCCUACAUCCUACCAGAAUGAGGACGAGGAGUUUGAAGAAGAGCCAUAUGAUGGGAUCACUGAGGAUGCCUACAGCCAUCUCUAUGGACGUUCAGCUAACCCCUAUGGGAUCCAGGAGAAGCCAGAGAUGGCUUCGAUGCCCUUGGCCUUGGAGAGCCGCAACUGCGUGCUGAUCCGCAGGGACCUGGUGGCGCUGCCUGCAAGCCUCAUCAGUCAGAUAGGCUACCGCUGCCACCCUAAGCUCUACACUGAGGGGGACCCCGGGGAGAAGCUGGAACUGGUAGCUGGUACACAGGUGUUCAUGACUCGAGGACAGCUGAUGAAUUGUCAUCUAUGUGCUGGUAUCAAACACAAAGUCUUGCUUCGCCGCCUGCUUGCCACAUUCUUCGAUAGAAACACUUUAGCCAAUAGCUGUGGGACAGGUAUCCGCUCUUCUACUAGUGACCCCAGUAGGAAACCCCUGGACAGCAGGGUCCUCAACGCUGUCAAACUCUACUGUCAAAAUUUCAACCCUAACUUCAAGGAGAGUGAAAUGAAUGUGAUUGCUGCUGACAUGUGCACAAAUGCGAGGCGUGUCCGCAAGCGAUGGCUGCCCAAGAUCAAGUCCAUGCUGCCUGAUGGCAUGGAGGUGUACCGUGCAGGAAUGGGCAUGGGUGCUGCUGUGGGUUUGGGCCUGGCCCUGGGUGCCUCUCAACCAGGGGUGGCCCUCCCCUUCGAGGUAGACUUCAAGGGCCUAGAGCCUAGGUUGUUUCCUGAUCGCAAGGACCCUCUCAGGACUCACGCAGCGCUGACGGAGGGCAGCCCCGGGGCUGGGGCGGCUGGAGCAGAGGCUGAAGGUGGAGUCCAAGAGGAGCAGGAGGAAGAUGAGGAUGAAGCUGGGUUAGAAGGUGUAGACGGAUCAAUGGGGGCACCAACAUUGAUCACAGGAGCUGAGGCAGGCAACUGUGGCGACACGCCUUCAGAGCAGGAAGUGGAGAAUUUUGGACAAGGUCUGCGGGUGAACGGACAGUGAAUGACGUUAUACGGCUGCCUCUCACAUUGUGAAUCUGUUUAACAGCGCAUUUUCUUUUGCUUGCUCUCUUACUCAACAUCUCGUCCAUCACUCUUACUGUACUUCUCCCCUGUGUUUACUCGACAGGAAUUAAUUCAGCACAAUAGCUACGCUCGUAGAUCUUAAUAUAGGCAUUUGUCACACAUGCAUGCGCACACGUGUGCUUGUUAACACGCAUACUUACUGAUGGUAGAAGUAGAUCACUCAAAGUAGAAGUAGACACAGGCAUGGCAUUAGCACAUUAAGAAAAUCAACCCUUUCUGCUACAUCCUUUUCUUGGUAUAUUCAGUAUUUACUCGGGUGUUUCGGCACCUACAGCAAUAUUACAAAGAUGUGAUAGCAGAACAAAUGUCUGGAAUGAUUCAUGAUUUCAGAGAAAUACAAAAGCAACAGCUGCUUUGCUGACAUAUUAGGGAGUGUAGUAUAAUGGUAUGUAAAACUAUUCUGUUUCCUUGAAAAGCAACAUCCGUAAAUAACCCAUGUCACCUUGGGAGAAAUAGAGAAAUGAUCUAAAGAUCAGGGAAUCAAAGCUCUUUUUAAAAGCAGCUUAUUUUGUUGUAUUAGUAUGAAUACAAUGACUAUAUUAUUAUAAAAGGUCAAGUUCUGCAUUACCACCGUUAAACAGAAGACAUUUUAUUUUAUAACAUGGGGUCAUUUUGAGGAUAAAGACGAGAAGUUCUCCACAAUCCAACAGAUAAUCUAUCACAUGGAAUUUAGUUUUCAUGCAUAUUUGCCCGUGACAUAUUGGAUUAGAUUGUCAAUGUGAUGCCUGUGUCUGCUCCGGACCGCCUCUCCAAAACACACACACAGAAACAUCAGCAGACACACACACACACACACCCAUAUUCUCACCUUAUAAUACUUAGCCUUUAAAAUCUGCACCAAUGCAUAAAAAAUACACUGUCCCAAAAAAGCGCAACAAUGCUUUUUAACUUUGAGAAAUCCUUUUGGAUAACAUCAUUCUGUUUGGGAGAUAGGGGGGAGAGAGACAUUAACAAGAGCGUGUGUUAAAAUCCAAGCUUGCAUGUCUGCAAACAAUGAAUACAGAGAAUUAUUGAAAACAACAAAGCCACAUACCUGCAUCUAAAUUAUAAAACUGCUUCUAUUGCCUCAAGAUAUGCCAUGAAAGGACUUUUGUCCAUUUUCCACUUGGAUCUGUCCUCAGUCUGACUCCUGUUAGAACUGACCUGGGUGUGAUCGACUGUGUUUAACACAGAACCCAUUGGAUCAGCUUUUUUAACCGCAUAGCGUGCUUUGACAACGGGUAGAGGAGACUGAACAUAUAGAGUGGUAAGCGCACUACACUGAGUGGCAAAGGAGCGAAGCACUGUUUCACCUCGAUGUGUUUGUCUGAUUGACCACAUGGUCCUGCUUCCAUUCUUUGUUUUUCCUGGAGGGGUUGGGGGGUAAAUUAUUAAUAAAACUUCUUAGAGCAAUUUCUGCUGGUGAUUUGCAUAUGCACUCAAAAUAAAUUGAACGGGUGGGAAACUAAGGAGUUUUGAAAAAAUGUGACUGUACUAAAGACUGAAAAUGUCCUCCACAUCACAGUGAUUGUUUAUUUGUUGAGGAGAUUGUGGGUUUGUAAAGAGAAAACUGUUCUUUCUGAAAGAAACGGUUUCUAUAUUUUGGAAGGGGGGUGGGGUGAGGCAAUGUCGGACAGGGACUAAAAACCUGUAAUUUUUGUUAUAUCUUUCUGCUGUUCAUGUUUUCUGCCAUGCAUAUGGGACUUGGUCCAAAAAGCCUGCCUUUGUUGCAUUGAUUUUGAGAGAUACACUGUUGUAUGUUUUGUUUCUGUUGUUUCUGUCAAAGAACAUUAAUUCAAAAGGUCAGACCAUCAAAUUCAGUGAACCCCAAAGUUAUUGGAAAAAUGAAUCACACUUUUCCACUGCAAAUUUGACAGCAUAAAUUGACUACCAAGCAAACAAAUGAUAUGUAUUGGCCCCUGAUGUAUUUGAUCUGUUGGUUUUAGCUUCAGUGCUGUGCCACCUCAAUUGUUGUGUUUACAUGUCAUGUUUAGGAUUCUUUAUGAGAGGCUUUAAGAUGGCCCUGCACAAGAAACACAGGGUUAAUAAUGAUGACGUUUACAGAAUUGAGUAUGUUUUUCUUUUCUCUUUUCAAAGACAUGGGGUCCACCAUGGAUAAAAACAGGGCUGUGAUAGAAUGGCUGAGAUGAUGAAUGAAUGUAGAAACUGGAGCACUGUUCUGGCGAGAGGUCCAAUCCUGGAUUAGUAAAAUACAUUUAUUUUAAUCUGGCCAUUUUUUGUCUCAUUUGUAUAGUGGGUCAUUAAAAAAAAGGCAGUAAUAUAACAUUAAGUUGAAUAUGAGCCUCGUUGAUGUUCAAAGUUUUUGUGAUUUUAAAACUGGUCUUUCAAAUUGGUAUUUCCCUUACAAAAACUGAGCAAGGUUCGAGUAUAGGCGUUUAUUUUUCUUAAAUACUAUUGUGUUUUUAAUCCUAAUUUUGUUUUAAUCGUUUUACAUUUAUGGGUGUCUUUAAUGUUCAAAUAUGUGUUGACAAAACAGACUAUUGACGUUAUUGACGUUUAGAAUGUUAACUUUUCAAAUCUAGCAAAUUAAUUCUUUAUCAAAUUGUGUUUCUAUUUUUUAUGAAGCUUCAGUUUCUUAGAUUUGCUCUUGUAAGGAAAAUUAAGAUAUUAAGUUCACUAUUGGCACCACUAGCUUAACUUGCAUGGCUUUAUGAUAGGAUCACCUGCACUUCUUUGACGGUGUGGGUGUUAAUUAUGUGAAAUUAACCUUUUUUUAAGACAAGAAAUACAAAAUAUUAUGCAGAGACACAUUUUUUCUUUAUGGAAAUUGGCCUUUAAGGACCUUUGCUCAGUAAAAUGUACUUUUAUUUUUAGAUUUUAGAUUGUAUUCACUCGUCUUUUUGCUUAAUGUUUGCCAUAUUUUAUUCUAUAAGGGUAAAUGGUUAAACCCAUUAUUACAGAUUAACUGCACUUCGAUGCAUUGAACAGUUCAUUUGUAACAACCAUGGAUCUUCUAGAAUGAUCUCCUCACAUUAUUUAUAAGAUUAACAGACAUCCCUAAAAAGUGUACCAAAAAUCUAUAGUAUUCACGUGUUCGCGUUUAAGAUCAGGCUUUUGACAGAUUUAUAAUCGGACUAGUCUUCUUUACAAGACAAUCCCACAUAAAACAUUUGGUUUCCCAUCCGGCAUUUACAUUUCUGCUUGUUUACAGUUAGUCUGCCUUACUGGAAAUAUGUCUGUCUCGUUCCUUGCCAACAAAAAAAACAAACCUUUUUAUGGAAAUCUUCUAUGGUUUCUCUUCUGCUUAGUCUUUUUUUCUUGUGCAGGGCAAAUUUGAAAAUGAAUGAUGUUGCACUAUAAACUGAGAUAUUCUCAGAGAAUGUCAUGGAUAACCUUUGGUAAGGUGAGCUGUUUGAGGUGGCCUAAAGAAAAGGUCCUGUUAACAUGUAUGUAAUGCUAUGUAUUUUACAUAUAUAUUUGAUUGAAACCAGGUCUCCUUCACAGACAAUUCUGAAUUCAUGAAAAACAGUUUCUUUAAAUAUUUUUGGAAAUGUGUCUUUUGCAAUAUCUGCCAUUCACCUGAUGAUCAUUGAACAUUACAAGUAAGAGAUGGGAAGGUUUUUCACAUUUCUUUGCAAAUAAAUUGUUACUUACUUUCUAAAACCUUAGUGCUCUGUUCAUCACCCCAUAACUGUAAAACAUAUGGGCACAGUAGUGCCAUUGGUUUUUCCAGGAAACAAUACAUUUAUAUGCAAAGAGACUCUUGUAUCAUAUAAUGCAUGCCAUUCAGAAACUCACUCUAACCCAAUGAAACCUCUGAUCUUUAUGCACCAUGUAUGUUAUGCUGAAUAACUGUUGUCACCAUUAGCAAACAAAGACUGUGGAGUCCUGCAAUGAGUAGGGUUGUGUUUUUAUCAAACCCUGGCCUUCUUUAAAAAUGACAGCAAAGUAGUGAUAAAGAGUUGAAAACAUAAACUAACAGUUGAGUAUGCAUUUGAACCUUCUGCAGACUCAGAGAAAAUGCACUAAACGUUUGUAUGUGUCCUUGAACAUAAUGCCAGCACUUUAGAACUACUUAGAAACAAAGAGAGAAUAGAGUAACUGUGGGUUCGGUGAACGAGGAGAAAAAGCAACUUUUAAAGCCAUGUGUUCAGAGCGCUGACAAUCAGAAUAGGGAUGAGACCCAAAGUGCAUUAUGGGAGAUCUGACAUGACUUGCUGUGCUCUUGCUGUUUGCUUUGUCUAUCUCCAGCUUGCUUUGGUCUGUGCUAGCUUACUUUCCAGAGCAGAGGGACUGGAUUAUGUUAACUCCAGCCUUCUUGGUUAAAAGUGUGUGCAAAAAGAACUGACUACAUUGGACUAAUACCUUGGUGCUUCGUGAACAGAGCUAUUCCAUGUUGACAUGGAACAUAUCUGUAAGGCUCUACUAAGCAUGGCCCAAAUAGGUCCUACGUCUGGGCAUAUUGGUAUCCUCUUAAUGGACAGUCUUUAGGACAAAAGAGGAUCUUAUCAUGCAAGCCUGCACCUUGAUAAUGGUAAUGUACUUCACUAUCAACAGGGCUUGGACCAGGCAAACUGGGAUUUGACAAUUUCAGUGUUGAUACUGCUUUAUGUUUAAAAUUAAAAUGUUAAUGCGCCUUCUGUCUCAAGCAUCAAUAAUAUAUACAACAGAAAUGCAAGUUGCCACUUUUGAUGUUGCAUACGAAUCUACCUUUCAUUCCCAUCAUGGUAUUUUCCAUCACCAGUCUCAAUUGUGUAGUCCAAGAGUACCUGAUUUCAUUAAAUGCAAUACAGAAAAAUCUGCUUUCUAAUAAAAGUCCUUACUUCACCAAA